AUGUGCAACAUAAAGAAGAAAUCAGGAAUGGCGAAAGUUUUGCGAAAAUGUAAAAUAAUCAUCUGGGAUGAAUGUACUAUGGCGCACAAACAUUCGCUUGAAGCUCUUGAUAGGUCACUGAAAGAUAUCAAAAAUAAUAAUUGUCUUUUUGGUGGCUGCCUAUUGCUACUGUCUGGCGAUUUCAGACAGACAUUGCCCAUUAUUCCACGAGCGACGCGUGCUGAUGAAAUAAAUGCCUGCUUAAAAAAGUCUUAUCUGUGGCGCCACGUGAAGAAAUUAUAUCUCAGGGUUAACAUUCGUGUUCAAUGUCUAAAUGAUGCACUGGGGUCAAAAUUUGCACAACAAUUAUUGGAUAUUGGUAAUGGCAGAAUUGAUUUUUAUGAAAAUACAGAGUACAUUCAAUUCCCUGAUAAUUUUUGUAAUAUGGUUGAUAGCAAAGCCAAACUUAUAGAAAAUAUUUUUCCAAAUUUAAAGGAUAAUCAUAAAGAUCAUAAGUGGCUACAAGAACGAGCAAUUUUAGCAGCAACGAAUUUGGAUGUAGACGAAAUGAAUUUAAAAAUACAACAGAUACUGCCAGGAUAUGAAUUCACAUUUAAAUCAGUUGAUACUGUUAUUGAUCCUGAUGAAAUCGUCAAUUAUCCAGUCGAAUUUUUAAAUUCUCUUGAUUUACCAGGAAUGCCGCCGCACAAAUUACUAUUGAAAGUUGGUUCUCCAAUUAUAUUAUUAAGAAAUUUAAAUGCCCCAAAAUUAUGCAAUGGCACAAGAUUAGCAAUAACAAAAAUUAUGGGAAACAUUAUAGAGGCAAUUAUUCUGGGUGGAAAAUUCAAAGAUGAUGUUGUUCUUCUGCCUAGAAUACCACUAAUUCCUUCGGAUUCAGUAAUACCUUUUAAAAGACUGCAGUUUCCUAUAAGAUUGGCAUAUGCUAUGACCAUAAACAAGUCACAAGGGCAGACAAUGAACUUUUGUGGUAUAAAUUUAGAAAAUCCGUGCUUUAAUCACGGACAACUAUAUGUUGCUUGCUCAAGAGUAAGAAACCCAAAUAAUUUAUAUAUUUAUACACCAAAUAAUCUCACCAAGAAUAUUGUAUAUCCUUUGGCAUUACAAUAA